AUGUUCGUCCUUGUCGGUGUUAGGGAUACAAUCCCAGUCGCCCCAAAGACAUUCGAUAUACCACCUGCUAUAACCAUCCAAGAUGCUAUCAACAGGAAGUAUGCGAAUAAGCUUGUUCCUGAUAAAGGACUAGCCUUGUCGCUAUUCGACAUACUCACUGCUGAGGAUGGGAAAGUGACGUGGGGUAAUGGAAUGAUGUACUAUAAAGUGUCAUUCAGAUUGAUGCUUUUCGCUCCUUUCGUUGGUGAAGUCAUAGUUGGGAAAGUUCUGUCAACCACCAAAUCUUAUAUAAGAGUCUCGUUGGGUUUCUUCCAAGAUAUAUAUAUCGUUCCUUCCCUCCUCCCUCCCAAUUCCUCAUACGACCCAACACAAAAGAAAUUCUUCUGGGUAUCACCAGAUGACGAAGGGACGCUUCUGACUCAAGAACAAUUAGCAAAUAGUAUAGUAGCAGAUCGGUUAUACAUAGAUGAUGGAGAACCAAUACGGUUCAGAGUUGAUUCAAUAGAUUGGCAGGAUGUCAGACCGACACCUCAGAGUGCUUUGGCUGAAAGUCAAGGAGAGAUGGUCGUAGAAAAAGAUCCAAUCGAAAAAGCCGGUUUCAAAAUAUUGGCUACGAUAGCCGAGUCAGGUCUAGGAGUUACAUCGUGGUGGUCUCAAGGUGAAUAUCAGGAAGAAGAGGGGGAGGAACAGGUGUAUGAGGAAGGAGGAGAAGCGGACAUGGGGGAGGCGAAAGAGGAGGGUAUAUAG